UCUCUUCUCUCCCAGUCUUCAGUCUCUCCAUUCUCGAUCACCCCUCCUCCAGUAUAACUCCAUUGAAACACCCUUCACUUUCAAUCUCCCCCAUCAAAACCCACUCCUCAUCACUAUCUCUACACUAUCAUACACGUAUAUAUAAGCUUUCCUUUUCUGGGUUUUUUGUUGAGUUUAUCGGAACCGCAUAAACAAUUAUAUAUAUAUAUAUACACAUUAUAUUGGCUUCUUUGUAUAGGAGAUUGGAUUUACAGUGUUCAUCAGGAAGGGUGAAAUGACGAUGAGCAAUCACGUGGGUCAGUUCGGUGACACGACGCUCACGAAAGUGUUUGUUGGCGGGUUGGCUUGGGAAACUCCCAAGGAAGCCAUGAGAGAGCACUUCGAGAAGUUCGGCGAGAUCCUCGAAGCCGUCAUCAUUUCCGAUAAGCUCACCGGUCGAUCCAAGGGCUACGGCUUCGUUACAUUUAAAGAUGCCGAAGCGGCCAAGAAGGCUUGCGAGGACGCCGCACCGAUCAUUAACGGUCGCCGAGCCAACUGUAAUCUGGCUUCGCUGGGCGCCCGCCGCCCGAGGUCCGCCUCGAUCACCACUCCUCCUCAACAAGGAUCCAACGUUGGACCGAGGGCCACGUCAGUACCGGCAGCUAAUCACGUUCAGUGGUAUUACCCGGCGGGGACACCGGCGACGCCAUUUCACCACCAGCAUCAUCAGCCCGUUCCUUUUUAUGGGUAUUCUCCCACUUACAUUGCGACUGAUAUCAGUUACAACCAUAAACUAAGCUACACUGGUGGGUCCUACGUAAACGGGCAUUUCUCUCAGGUGUACCCGGGACAAGCUAUGGUAGGUGCGAAUACAUUGAUGCCGAUGUACCCGCUGUAUCACGUCCAUCAAUCACAGACAAUGGGGUUACCUGUCCAUAGUUUCCCUUCAUCACCAGCGGGACCCAUGGCCGCCGUGCCCACCAUCAUGUCAAAACCUGCAUCAAUCGGUCCUCAUCCGAAUGCAGUUUGUUUGGCUGUGGAGUAGGGAUAAAGAAGGUGGUGGGUUAAUUAAGGCUGCGGCUGCUGCUGGUGGCGGCAAACAAUUAAAUAACAAAGGGGGAGACAAUGGAGGCUGCUCAGACCAAUCAAGUCUAUUAUUAUUAUUGAGAUCUCAUCUUCUGUUGUGGCUAAUUUUCUUUUCCAAUUUUUUCUUCUUCUUUUUUUAAUUAAUUAAAUUAAUUUUCUUAUUAUUUAUUAUUAUUUUUUUGGGUGUUUGAUAAGAUUCUUUAAUUCUCUUUAUCUUUCUAACACCUCAACCUUAGCUGUGAUCAAUUAUUUGGAGCCAA